AUGGCAUCGCAAGAUGACAUAAGCGAUCUUGAGGUUGACCCUGGCCAAGGCGUGCACUUGCCCCAAGGUGCACAGGCGAGCCAGGCUUCAGCGUCAGCAGCACAGAAUCCGUUCAGCCCUGGCAGUCCGCAAGCGCAGGGUAUGUAUGUGACGCCAGAUGAUAUGAUGACCAUGAUGAGACAGAUGAUGGAGGCGACGACUGCAGCGGCAACCGCUGCACAGGCUGCCCUGAGUGCAGCAACGUCGCAAGGCAAUGCAAAGCAGGGAAUUGCAGGCAGUGACAUGGCCCGCAUUCUCCCGAAACCCGAUGUGUUUAAGCCUGCCACGAGAGAGGAAGAGCAUGGCAUGUGGCUGCAGUGGUUUUGGAGCCUCAAGCAGUACUUGUGUGCCCUUGAUUCUGCUUUUGGAGAUGAAAUUGCAUAUCUUGAGCAGCACCCUGAUGAAGAGGGUCAAGGGUAUAAAAGUCCUGAGGCAGCCCAACGAUCCAAGCAGCUGUUUGCACUCUUGUGCAGCCUUGUGAAGGGCAGGGGCCUGCAGCUGAUCCAGCGAGUGCCUGCCCAGUCAGGCUUCGAGGCCCUGAGGCAGCUCAUCCAGCUGUUUCAGCCGACGUCGAGAACGCGAUCGCUUGGCAUCUUGAGUGCAAUCACCAGCAUGAACCACUUCAAGGGCAAUGAGCCAUUGUUGCCUCAAGUCUUAGAUAUGGAACGUAUCUUUGAGGAGUAUGAACGCAGUAGCGGCAAGAAAUUGGACGAUGAUUUCAAGACCAGUAUUUUUCUUCGUUCAAUCACCCAGAGCAUGCGCAACCAUCUCGCGACAAUUCUUACUGAAGAUGUCACGUAUGAUGCCUUGAGGGAAGCCGCCUUGCGUUUUGAAAGAAUGAAUGCCAAGUGGGAUGCUCGCAAUCUGUUUGCAGGAGACAGCCUCUUUGCCAACAGGAGGCAACCUGCAGGGCCUAACGAUGGGCCCGUGCCGAUGGAGGGCAGAGGCGACAAAGGCCAGAAAGGAAACCCCAAAGGUCCUGAUGCAGGCAAAGGUGCCCGACAGAAUGUCAUCUGUCAUGCAUGCGGCAAGCGAGGGCAUUACAAGAGUGAGUGCUGGCAGAACGUGCAACAUGUGCAGGGAGAUGAUGCGAGCACCACUGCCCCCAGCACGGCUGGACCGUCAGCGUCGCAAGUCAGGCCAUCUCCUGACACCAGCACAACAAUGCGUUCUGUGAACAUGGUUCAGAUCGACAUGACGAGUGACUGGUGCGGUGGAAGCAUCAAUGCACUCACCGCGGACUCUUGUCCCGCUGCCGGGGAUGAUUUCCUCAAGGUUGUCAAGUCGCUAGCCCUGAUCCCGCACGGGUACCCUAGCCUCCCCAACCUUGUGCCAGUGCAGGAGAGCAACGAUCUCGUUGCGAUUGCCGAGCCAGAAUGCACAGUGUUUGCUCAGGCGAUUGCCGAGCCAGAAUGCACAGUGUUUGCCCAGCAGUGCGGUGUUGAGGUCUAUGAUAUGUCAGCAACAGACGGUGAUGAAGAUUGGACCGUUUGUGGUGGUGUGCUUCCUGCCACAGCCACUACGGAUGCUUGCCUGUGCACUCCUCACUAUCCUUCCAGCAACCCUGCUACGUUCUUUGUUCAGACAGUCCAGAGCACAGCAGGAGUCCAGUUCCGGACUACGCUAAGGCAAGAGGCGAGUGGCUGGGCUGUUUUCGAACUGAACACGCCGCUGAGCUCACUUGACCUGUCAGAAGCUUCCUUUGUGCCGAGCCGUAUCCACAAUAUCAUCACCAUCGGAUCAUGCAGCAAAAUCAACAUCGAUGAACUGUUUGGGAGAGUGCCGCCAGCCCGGCGAGACCAUGUAUCGGAAGAUGCAGAGUCCGAUGCAGGGUUACCAGACGUUCCGAUAGGUGAAGUUGGCAACAUAGCGGGACCCGAUGACGAAAUCCAGGAAGGAGAUGAGCUUCCGGGGCAAGAGGCGGAGGAAGUGAUGCAGCCGGCCAUGCGUGCACGUGUGGUUGUGGAAGGGGUUGAGCUUCAUGAGGGAUGCACCUUGUCCACAUUGCGAGCUGCUUGCACGGCAUUGGGCAUCGGCAAGAGUGGAGGCAAGGCGACCGUCUUGCAGCGCAUCCACAACUUCAUGGACCGCCAGAGAUUGCUCGAACGACAUCAGGUCGAGGAUGCAAGAGUCCAAUUGCCCCGAGAGCAAGCACCCGUUUCUGAGCCUACACCUGAGGAAAUGCGUCGCCACGCAUUGUCGCAUAUCCCUUUCAUGCCUUGGUGCGAGCACUGCAUCAAGUUCCAAGCCCGUGCUGACCACCAUGUCCAAGCAAGACCAGAUGUUAGGGCGUGUAGCACAUGUUCGUUCGACUUUGCCUUCACUGAGCGUGAAACCGGUCGCCCCGGUGACAAGUUGAUCUGCUUAAUCCUCAAGGAUUCACACACAGGUGCCACCUGCGCGAUCCCUACACCAGCAAAGGGAGGAACAGUGGCGUUCAAGUUCAUGGUUGCUGAAGUGUGUAAAUUCUUGAAUUUUUGUGGACAUACGGAAAUCGCCUUGAGAUCAGACGGCGAACCGGCUUGUCUUGCUUUGCAGCAAGGGGUAAAAGAGUUGAGGUCGCGGAUGAAACUUGAUACGCAUCUUGAACAACUGGAGGCCGCUGACCACCAAGCAAACCCCAGCGAGCAAACCGUGGAUCAGCUCAGGCAGCUCACGGGAACGCUGCUAAGCCAAGUUGAAGCCGAGACUGGCCAAAAGGUCAGCACGAUGUCUCCACUCCAUGCGUGGGCGUGGAAGCACGCGUGUUGGCUGCAGAUGCGCUACGGGCGCAGUGGAUUUGCCAGUCCGUUUGAAGUGAUAACAGGGCGCCCGUACAAUGGCAAAGUUGUGGGGUUUGGAGAGGUUGUUUUCGCAAGGAUUAAGAGUUCUAUCAAGGGCAAAGCCAGAUGGAUAAAGAUGUUGUGGUUGGGAAAGUUGGGGGUAUCAGAUUUGCAUUUUGGAGUCACACCUGGAGGUUUCUUGAUUUCCAGCAGGAGCGUCAGACGGCUGCCAAAGCAGUACGAUGCAUCUUUGCUUGAGUCACUGCGUGACAUGCCAUGGAGUCAAGCAAGCUUCCUUGCAGGGCAAGUCGGCCAGGCCAGAAUGCAGAGAACCCCUGUUCGAGGAGAAGAAGAAGAGGUGCAACAGCCUCUGCCUGAGGUUGUGUUGCCUGAAAGACCACCACUUCCAUAUCCCGGUUAUGUCCUGCCUGACAAUGCACCGCUUGAAGAACUGAUUCCUCCACCAGCCAUCAUCGCUUCAGGCACGCCCGAGCCGCCUACACCUGUUCGAACAGAUGCCGAGACACCUAUCCCUGCGGCUGCCGAGCCUAGCACGCCCAUGCUUGUUGAUUCCGAUGCACCACCACCACAGCAGGAGGCGUUGGGUGCUCCUGGUCAUGCACCGGAAGCAAGGCCGCCAGAGGCAGGCGGGGAUGGUCAGCCUGAACAGCCAGCACCCAAAAGGGCACGAAUCCGGUUGCGCUUAGAUGCAGUUCAAGUGGACAAAGACGGCAACGAACUACACAAUGUCGAUGAACAGAUUGAACUCUUCGAUGAGGCUGCUGAAGGUUUCAUGGACUGUGAGGAGUCCGAGGCUUGGGACAACUACGACGAUGACGCUGGUGCAUCACCGAGUGCAGAGAUUCCCAGUUGCUUGAUCAGACCCUUUUCCCAAACGGAGCCACAAUGCAGUCCGGAGGAGUUGCAAUACAUCGACGAAAUCGCUGACAACUUUGAGCUGAGCAGACUGACGAACAUGCACGUGCUGAGUGAAGUUCAGAGCAAGCUUGAAGAUCACAGAGUUUUGUCGUCGAAGAGUGUGAGAUCAUGGCGGCCGAAAGUGCUAAACCAGGAGAAAGUUUGGGUUCGCAGAAGCAGAUUGGUUGCCAGAGAGUUUGCGUGGUUGGAUAAAGGCAGAAGUGGAUUGUUUGCACCGACCACUGCGCAAAUCAUGUUGCGUGUGGUGCCAGGUCUUUUCAUGCGAAUGCGCGAUCAAAACUGGAGCAUGCUAUCGCUAGAUAUUGCAGAUGUCUUUCUGCAAUGUGCUCAGGCACACCCCACGUGCACGAAGGUGGGAAACGGAUGGUUCAAGCUCGACCGCAUGCUACCCGGUCAACGUGACGGGAGCGUCACGUGGUUUGCAGAUUUCACAGAGGAGAUCAAGCGUGCAGUUGGAGCUGAGUUGCUACCCGAGCAACCAGCACUGUUCAGACUGCCAGAGUCUGAAGGUGGCGGCAUGGUGCAUGUAGAUGACAUGAUGUGCGCAGGACGCUCAGAUAAACUUGAAAAGCUGGAGAAUCACCUCAAAAGCAAGUUUAAAGUGUCAUCGGAGUGGAUCCGAAACGUCGGGGACUGCGUCAGUUUUCUUAAAAGAACACACCGCCUGGUGAGUGAAGACCUCUUGGUCAUCGAGCCAAACGUGAAGUAUGUGGAGAAGCUGAUGCAGGUCACCGGCCUUGCCGCUGCAAAGGAAAGGUACAAGGCGACUCCUUUUCCUACAGGUCCAAUGCCUACAGACCGCGUGCCCGAUCCUGAGCUUGAUGCCUCCAGUGCAUCAAAGUAUCGCACCGCGGUGGGCAUCCUGAUGUACGUUGCUUCAGACCUUCCCGCUUGCCAGUUUGGGAUUCGUUUCCUGUCAACCUAUGCCCACUGCCCAACAGAGGGAUCCUGGAAGCUACUGAGGCACCUGACCGCGUACAUCAACAGCCACGAGAGUCAUGUCGUGGGACUUGCCAAGCCGAUUGUUGGAAAGGGUAUCAUUCGGGAUUGUUCAGACAAUUUGCAUACCCUUUUGUCGAUCCUUGAAUGCUUCUCUGACGCCGACUGGUCUGGCAACCGCCAGACCAGAAAAUCAGUGAGCGCCGCUGUGGUGUUGUGGGACUCCAUGACCAUAUAUAGCCACUCGAAGACUCAAAAGAACAUCAGUCUUUCCUCGGCGGAAUCAGAAUAUCACUCGAUGAUAUCCGCCAUAGCUGACAGCAUCCUCUUGAAAGCGUGCAUCACCUUCGUUGCACCGCAUCCACCUCUUGAGAUCACUGCCUUCUGUGAUAACAGUGCGGCCAGGACGCUUGCCUGCCGUCAAGGCGUCGGUCGCAUGCGGCAUGUCAGUGGAAAGCUGCUUUGGCUUCAGCAGAAGACCAAGGAAGGAGAAGUGGUUGUUCGACCCGUGCCUACGGCGGACAACGUUUCAGACCUCGGUACUAAAGCGCUAAAGGCAGACCGUAUCUUGUACCUGUUGUCGAAACUCAACAUGCGUGAUUCCGAAUGUGGGUAUCAACUUGUUGGAGCAGAAUACUUGUUGGAUGCCCAGAGCAGACGCCAGUUGUGCCGAGUUAUCAAGCAAGGGAGUGUCAAUCCUCAAAGAAUACUACAGGUUCUUGCAUUGGCGUUGCAAGUCGACGCCAUAGCAAGCGAGCAAGAUGAGCCCAAUGAUGAUCAAGACGCCUUGAGCCAUGUGAGCACGAGCCUCUUGACUUGGAUAGGCGAGAGCGUGACUGUGGUAUUCCUUAUUUGUGCCGACCUCAUCGAGAAUCACCCCACGUGUGCGAUGUUGUUCGGACAGUUGAUGAUGCUGGUUUUCUUGAUCUGUGCAAUGUGCUUUUGCCGGAGCCACCGAAGGUCUGAGCCCACAACCAGUGGGAAUGCAACAAUGCCAAAGGUUGAAGUCAACAUAGUGGUUUGA